AAUUCUGGUCAUGUUACUUGGCAAGACUUCACAUGCACAUUUAUUGGUAGGACUUGCAGUGAAAGUGCAAACGGAUGGUCUGCUUACUUUCACAACUUUUUCCAUGUGUUUGGUAGCGCAGAUAUUUUUCACAGCCAUACUUCUAAGAGGAUAAUGGACCUUAAGGAAUAUUUCAAAAGGAUUGGCUUCACUGGUCUGUACGACAAAGCUGACCUGCCCACUCUGUGCACCAUACACAAGCUGCAUGUCAUGACUGUUCCCUUCGAGAACCUCAGUAUCCACUGUGGAGAGAAGAUCACUAUGGACCUGAAGGUCAUCUAUAAGAAGAUUGUGCUCGACCAUCGUGGAGGUUGGUGCUGUGAGAACAACCUGCUGUUCUCCUGGGUGCUGAGAGAGAUGGGCUACAAAUUCACCACGCUGGGUGCCAGGGUCUUCAAUGUGCUCAAAAACGACUUCAAUCCUAUGAAUUCACAUCUCAUCAACCUGGUUGAGAUUGAUGGUAAGCCUUAUAUUGCUGAUGUGAGUUAUGGGGUGUCGUGCCAAAUCUGGCAGCCGUUAGAAAUGAUUGCAGGUAAAGACCAACCUCAGCCCCCAGGGGUGUUUCGUCUACUGAAUGACGGCGAUAGGUGGACCCUAGAGAAGAUAGGGAGGAAGCCGCUGAUCCACAACGAGGCCUUUGUCACCUGUAGCCUCAUUGACAAGCGCCUGACGAAGACCAUGUACAGCUUCUUGUUAAUACCACGUGGUGUUGACCAUUUUCUGAACACAGUCGAGUACCUCCAGACCAGUUGUGAGUCUUUGUUCACCCAGAAAUCCAUCUGUUCCCUUCAGACAGCCACUGGUUUCAGAGCUCUAGUUGGUUGGACCUACAGUGAGGUCACAUUUAAACCUCAAGAAGACACAGACAUCAUGGACAUGAGGGACAUACCAGACAGUGAGAUAGAGACUGUACUGAAGGAAAAGUUUAAAAUAACUUUACAUAAUAAACUGACACCUAUAAACAACAAAGCUAGCUAUAAAAUAUAGGGAAUAUGCUGUUACAUAUAUAUUGAGCUUUACUCACAUUUAUCAUAUAUACCUAAUAAACUAGACAUUCCACAUUUCAUGAAUGAAUGUACAUUGUUUCAUAGGUCAGUUGUCAUAGCCUUUUCCUUUCUGCCUCUGUAAAAUCUUAUAUGAUAUAUGAUAUAAUCAUGUCUCUUGCGACCAUUGAAAAGUUCGAUAUGAUGACUGCUGAUCUGUUUAAUAUGUCGUUCUGAGUUGUAAUCUAAUCAAAAAAACAAACAAAAAUCACAAAAAUAAAGCUUAAAAAUAGUGUUGAAAAGA